AUGUUACAGACUUUACACACAAAUCUAAAGGCCCUAGAAAACAUUAAACGUCCCACUGACCAGUGGGACGAUUUGCUUAUACAUAUGAUAGCGGCAAAAUUCGAUCAACAUACGACCGUCGCAUGGGAAAGCACUCUUUCCAGCGAAAUUCCAAAUAUGGAAUCAAUGUUCCAAUUUUUAACGCAGAGGUGCCAGAUGUGGGAGGCAUUUGAAGCUAACCACAGUUUCAAGUCAGGUUCAAAUAGUUUUCAGAAGCUUAAUAAAAUACCUAAUAAUCGUAGUUUUUCGCAUCUAGUCAAUUCUACCGUUAAUCAACCCGUAUGCCCAUAUUGCAAACAAUCACACAAUAUUUAUAAUUGUCAAGGUUUUUUGGACUUAUCUGUAGAGCAGAGAUAUUCCGAAAUUAAAAGACGUAAAUUAUGUGUAAACUGCCUUAGAGGUGGACAUAAAUUAGAAACCUGCGCCUCUAGUAAUUGUAGAAAGUGCCAUAAGCGCCAUAAUUCCUUGUUGCAUUUUGAAAACUCUUCAAGUGAAUCAGAACCAUCAACAUCCUCAUUAAAGGUUACCAGUAGCAAUUGUGCGCAAAUUCUUAACAAAAACAUCACUCUUUCUACCGCAGUCAUUAAUGUUUUAGGUAAGAACGGUAAACAAGUGCAAUUUCGCAUAUUGUUAGAUAACGGGUCCGUCUCAAAUUUCAUCACUGAAAGAGCCGUUAAAAUCUUAGGAUUACAAAAUUUACACAAUAUUAAUUUGCCAUUGAUAGGAAUAGGUUGCACUUCGUCCACUAUUAAACAAGCUGUAAAGGUCAAAAUUUCAUCCAUUUGUAACGCAUUUGAGGCCAAAUUAGAUUUUUUAAUUGUUCCCGAAAUAACAGGCAACGUACCGUCUACAGAAUUUCCGCCACUCGCCAAUUUACCUCCAAAUGUUAAGUUGGCCGACCCUAUGUACAAUGUGUCGCAACCGGUCGAUCUCUUAAUCGGUAACGAGAUUUUUUGGGAUCUCAUGUGCAUAGGUCAGAUUCGACUUGGUAAACAAGGGCCAAUAUUACAAAAAACAAAUUUUGGUUGGAUAGUGGGGAGCGCUGUCGCGGCUAGGUACAAUCAGAAAACGGCCUCUUGUAACGUAAUCAAUGUAUCCCUGGAUAAUGAACUAAAAAAAUUUUGGGAAAUAGAAGAAUUCGCGGAAGGUACACCUGUUAGUGGCAAUGACCUGUGCGAAGAAUACUUUCGGGAAGGUCUUUCCAGAAAUGCAGACGGACGCUUUAUAGUUAAAUUACCCCUAAUAAACGACCCUCCGAAUAUAAGUACUUCAAGGGACCGCGCGUUAAAAUUGUUUUACAACUUAGAAAGGCGGAUGCACAAAAAUCCUCAAUUGCUGAAACAAUACUCAGAAUUUAUGGAUGCUUAUUUGUCGCUCGAACACAUGUCUGAAAUUCCAAACCCAGACAAUUCAGGGUAUUUUUUAAGCCAUCACCCAGUUUAUAAUGAAUCUUCUCCCACGACUAAACUGCGAGUAGUUUUUAACGCGUCUUUAAAAACCAGCAACAGUAAGUCAAUAAAUGACAACUUACUGACAGGGCCCAACUUACAACAGGACCUUUUCAGCAUCUUGAUUCGUUUUAGAACUCACAAAAUAGUAAUUACGGCCGACGUGCAAAAAAUGUACCGUCAAAUCUUGUUACAUGAUGACCAUAAGAAGUACCAACAAAUAUUUUGGCGUCACAAUACUAACGAACCGGUCAAGGUUUAUCAAUUAAACACCGUUACUUAUGGGUUUGCUAGCUCUUCUUUUCUUGCCACAAGAUGUUUAAUAGAACUCGCCAAUCAGUCAAAAAUUCAAUAUCCCAUAGCAUCAGAUUUAAUUUAUAACGAUUUUUAUGUCGAUGAUCUCAUCACAGGGGCUGAUACCAUUGAACAAGCCUCACAAUUGUUAACCGAAGUAAAUUUCAUUUUACAAUCGGGAUGUUUUCAAUUGCACAAAAUAAAUUCCAACUGCCCCAGCUUAGUGAGUAAUCUUCAGGUAAAUAUGCAAAGUACCGUGUCCUUGGACAAACAGCAACCCACAAAGACAUUAGGGGUGCUUUGGCAUAACGAUACCGACACAAUUACGUUCUCUACGAAUGGUAAAAUAUCGUCCCAACCGCAAGUAACAAAGAGAGCAAUUUUGAGUACCAUCGCCAAGAUUUUCGACCCACUCGGAUUAGUAUCACCCAUAACCGUAACAGCUAAAAUUAUCCUACAGAAAAUUUGGGCUUUGAAGAUUAAUUGGGACGAAAGCUUACCUGCCGAUUUACAUACAAGUUGGGAAAGUUUUGUUAAAAAUUUCGGUGCGUUAGAUAAUAUCUCAAUACCGCGUAGAGUUAUUCACACUUUGGAGGCUGUGCAGCUUCAUGGGUUUUGCGACGCUAGCCAAAAUGCCUACGGUGCCUGUGUAUAUUUGCGCACGAGGGAUUCAAUGGGUAUUUAUCGGGCCCAUCUGUUAUGCGCUAAGAGUAAGGUAGCUCCGUUACAAUGUUUAACAAUUCCACGUUUAGAAUUAUGCGCGGCCUUGUUAUUAGCUCGUAUGUUAGAUAAGGUGACAAAGAUUCUUAAUGUGACGAUUCGAGAAAAAUUUUACUGGACGGAUUCAUCGAUUGUUUUGUCGUGGAUAAGUUUAAACCCCGCGACCUUAAAGGUUUUUGUCUCUCACCGCAUCGCCGAAAUACAGUCACUUUCGGCAGAUGCUGAUUGGCAUUACGUACCGUCAAACAAAAACCCCGCCGAUAUUCUGUCACGGGGCUGUACUCCGUCUCGGUUAAAUCAGUCGCUCCUAUGGUGGCAUGGACCCGAAUUUCUUCAAACCAAUACAGAGCACAUCAAUUUUACGGCUAAAGAACAUCCGCAGUUAGUGAUUCCCGAAAUUAAGGCGCAUAGCGUAACAAACAAGAAAAACACAAUAAAGGGUUCUUUAACUUGUGAAGAAUUGCAACGGGCCCACGAUGUCGUAAUCAAGAGCUUGCAAUCCAAAGUUUUUGCGGAAGACCUGCACAAUUUACGGCAUCACAAACAACUUUCUAAAAACAGCAAAAUUCUAAAUUUAAACCCCUUCAUAGAUGAAUUCGGACUCUUAAGAGUCGGCGGUCGAUUAAAUAAUUCGGAACUGUUACCUGAUCAACAACAUCAAUUAUUACUGCCCAAAAAUCAUCCAGUCACCAAGUUAAUAAUAAAAAAAUAUCACGAUGAAAGCGCGCAUUCGGGAUGUCAAGCGACUCUAUCUGCCUUACGACAAAAAUAUUGGCCCAUUGCAGCUCGCGCAACCGUUCGCGGAGUGAUAUUUAAUUGCCUAAAAUGUUAUCGUGUCAAACCCAUUGUUUAUCAACACUUAAUGUCAAAUCUUCCGAAGUCCCGAGUUACGCCUUCACGGCCAUUUAGUAUAUCCGGAGUGGACUAUGCAGGUCCUUUUCUUAUAAAAAAUGGAUAUGGGCGUACCACCAAAACAGUCAAAGUCUACAUUGUAAUAUUUGUCUGCUUUAGUACCAAAGCGGUUCACAUUGAAAUGGUUUGCGGGUGCUCAUCCCUCACUUUCUUGAAUACACUUAAGCGAUUUAUAGCACGCCGGGGUAAACCGAGUCAUUUAUACUCUGACAAUGGCACUAACUUUGUAGGGUCUAAUCGCCAUCUGCAUGAAUUAAAGACAUUAUUUGAAAGUAGUGAGUUUAGAUCGAGCGUAAUAGAUAUCCUUAGCAUUCAAAAUAUACAGUGGCAUUUUAUACCUCCACAUUCCCCGCAUAUGGGUGGAAUUUGGGAGGCUGCUGUCAAAACCGCCAAAGGUCAUCUUAAGAGGGUUAUAGGAAAAACAUUAUUAAAUUUUGAUGAAAUGAGCACUUUGUUGGCAAUGAUCGAAAGCUGCAUGAACUCACGUCCCUUAACCCCUCUUUCCAAUGACCCGAAUGAUCUCAACGCCUUGACGCCCGGACACUUCUUGAUUGGUGCCCCCUUGAUCGCCGCUCCGGAACCCAACCUCGUGGACGUGCCCUGUAAUCGCCUCACCCGUUACCAACUGGUGGAACAACUACGGCAACACUUUUGGCAAAGAUGGUCUAGGGAGUACUUGCACACUUUACAACAGCGAUGCAAGUGGAAUCGUUUACCGGCCCGUCAACCUGCACCAGGAGAUCUCGUCAUCCUCAAAGAGGACAACACUCCACCGUUACAAUGGCCCCUCGCUAGGAUUACUGCAUUACAUCCCGGGCAGGACGGUCAAUGCAGAGUGUUAAGUGUAAAAACUGUGCGCGGAGUGUAUAAAAGGCCAAUUACGAAAGUGUGUGCAGUGCCUUGUACAGACUGA